AUGGAAGAUAUUCCUCUUAUCCGGCUUACCAGGGAUUUACUUGCAAAAGAUAGGUACGAUGUCCGUGUCCGACCUAUCAUUGACCAUACAAAGACGCUAAAGGUUCAUAUCAGUAUCUCACUAUAUCAGAUCAUUGAAGUGGAUGAACCUUCUCAAAACAUUAAGCUGAAUGUGUGGAUGAUCCAAAAAUGGAAAGACGAGUAUUUAACAUGGGAUCCGCGUGACUACGGAAUGAUUAACUCAACAAUCAUUCCAUUCAAGUAUCUGUGGAUACCG